UGUUUAGGGUUGCACCCUUAUUCAGACCCUUCCACUUGCGUCAGUUGGAAUAGAGAAGUGUGCAGAGAACAUCUCUAAUGGCUCCUCGUUACGCGCCAAGUCUGCGCUCCCGUCUGGCUCCUGUGCUGCUCCUCCUGCAGCUGAGCUUCAUUGUCAUUUAUGCCUUUUACACUGAGAUCCAGUACCAUGGAAAGCCACAUGGGGACACCUUCAGUAACAUCUACCCAGAGUUCCAGGAUGUGAAUGUGAUGGCGAUUUUAGGCUUUGGCUUCUUGGGCACUUUCCUUGUGCGAUAUGGUUUCAGUGCCUCGGCCUUCAACCUCCUUGUUGCCGUCAUGGCCACACAGUGGGCACUCAUACUCAACGGUAUUGAAGCUUACAGUGGAAAGAUACGGCUGGAUAUGAGGAGCUUGGUAGAAGCAGAAAUGUGCACAGCAUCCGUCCUCAUUUCGAUUGGAGCUGUACUGGGGAAGACCAACCCUGUUCAGCUCAUCGUCAUCUCCCUGCUGGAGGUGUCAGGGUUCAUUUUGAAUAAAUGGGUCCUGCAGAAUCUGCUCAAGGUGCGGCUGGUGGACAGCAUCAUGAUGCUACACAUCUUUGGGGCUUUCUUUGGGCUCAUGCUGACUUGGAUCCUGUAUCGGAAAGGAUCAGACGAGCAAUUUGAAAAAGAGACAUUCCACCACAGAUCUGGAUUAUUCUCCAUGUUGGGGACUGUGUUCCUCUGGAUGUUUUGGCCCAGUUUUAACUCGGUGCUUGUGGAUGAUCGUAGUCCCGGGAGGAAGCUCGAAGCCGUGUGCAGCACCUACCUGGCCCUGGCUGUCAGUUCUGUAACGGCAGCUGCCGUGUCUGUGCUCUCCAGUCCCAAGGGAAAACUCAACCUGAUCCAUAUGCAGCGGUGCACUCUUGCUGGUGGUGUUGCUGUUGGUGUCGCCAUGUCUGUGGUUCAUCAGCCAUGGGAGGCCAUGAUGAUUGGAUUCACUGCUGCUGUUGUAUCAACCAUUGGACACAGAUACCUCAAGACUCAGAUGCUACUUGCAUUUCAAUGCCACGACACCUGUGCUGUUCUCAGUACACACGGACUCCCUGGUCUACUGGGAUGGACAGCACAUCUUCUCCUGCAGAUUAAAGACUGUGAAAACCACACAACAGCAAUCCGGUUUGCUGUGUUUCACAUUUGUACUCUCCUCCUCACCGUCACUAUAAGUCUUUCCAUGGGAAUCAUCACAGGACUUAUACUCAAGUGGGACUUCUGGAGACCACCCCAGGACAAGAAAUGUUUCGAUGACCAGGCUUUCUGGGAGGUAUGUAGUCAACAUUAUAUUCCCCUUUCUACAAUGAAAAUAACGUUUUCCAGUGAGACUCAAAGAAUAAUUAUUUCUAUAUUUUGCAGUUUUCUAAUCUAGCAGUAAAAAAGUGAGCUGGAGAAAGACAGGCCAAGAUUCUGGAAUCCUGGAAGUGAAACAUAUUUUCACCUCGAUGUAUAUAACAAUAUGUAAAUGUUUUUUUGUAAGAAUGAAGGUUUAACCAGAUAAACAUGAAUGUAGGUAAUUUAUUGUUCAGAAGGUUUUUGCUUAAUUUUGUCAUAUUUCUCACGAAAUAACCUUGGAUGUUACACAAGCAAAAUGCAUAUGAGUAAGUAUAGCAGUGAAAUAAAACAAUAAAUUUGGAUGAUGUUCAGAGCUGACAGUGUUUACAAACAACCCAAUAUGGUUACAUUCGGUAUGUGUGUAUGUGUACAGUAUUUUGAAACAUGGCUCUUGAUAUAUUUUGUAUCAUAAUAACUUAUGUUAUUUCCACUCAAUAAACAGUUCAAAUUAAAUGACAUCGUAGCGGUCAGUGUACCCAAAGGAAACAUGGACAACUCAGAGCAGUUAAUCUUCCAAAACACACAUUUUGUUAUACACAACUUGUAAACCAUUCUAACUAGGCUACAUUUAACAAUUUGCCACAUUUGAAAUUACUUAAACUUACAAUGAUUCUAUUACAAUUUGUGCUUAGUUAUGAUUUAGCUAUUAUACAGCAAAUGGUUUAAAUUAAACAUGUUAAUUUUAAUGCUAAAAAAGUUUUUUAUAUAUAUAUAAAGGGAAGCAUAUUGUCUCCUACAAUAUAGAAAGCAACGUGUAGAGCAGUGGACAUAAAGACACGCAGUCCAUUACUGCCACAGAUCCUCUGUGCGUCCAAACUUGAAGACCAAACCCCU